AUGAUGCCUUCGCAAUGUCCCUUGAAAGACAUCCUCUCCUGUCAAUUCCUCUCCGAGGUCCACUUCCAACCUCGUGCCAACGUUGACCCGCUUUCUCGGUGGUUUCUCUCCAUCAGCGCCAUCCUCCUCAGCUGGUGGUGGUGGUCUCUUCCGGAGAAGGCCUCGUGGGUUCCGACUCUCAAGACCCAAUGUCCGCCUGACCUUGGCCCAAAGCCCAAGCUUGGGUUUUCGCGUAGCUUCUUUGUUCGAGCCAGGAGACAUCCUUGGCAUAUUGGUUUCCUUUUCCGCAUGGAGCCGUCGGAUAAGGUCAAUGAUCAGUGCCUGGAUAGCGUGGCGAUCAUGGGUGUCAACCUCUGCAAACUCAGCGCUCACUUCGCGAGCGAGCUGCCUGCCUAG